CAGGGAGUUCCAGUGAGAAUGGGCUCUGCAACAACGGAGAAUGGAGAGCCCCACCUAGGGAAGGAACCUGAUACAGACUGCACAGUGAGCCGGUGGGAGGGCUGAAGGGACUCUGUUGUUCAGGCUCCCCCAGCAGACUGGAGCUUCCUCAGGCAGAGACAAGAUCCCAACUAGCUAUGACCUAUUUGAGGGGUGUGGUCCACAUCCCAUCACACCACAGUUGGGAAGAGGGGCUGGUUUGGAGUCUGGCCCAUCAGCCCAGCUUCAUUUCCUGCCCAUUGUUUAACACAGGCUCCCCCUCUCCUGCUGUGAGACCAGAUAAAUCACUCCGGGCCCCUCUUCCUCCCUUCCUGGCCUGUGUCCCCAUGCUUGGACAGUGAUCCUUCUCAGGCAUGGGGGAGUGUUGAGGGUCAUGAAGUCGGUGUGGGUCUGUCUUGGGUGGGUUCUGCUGGGGCCCAGGCUGGGAGCUGCUGGGAGAGGUUCCUCCGAAGAGGCCUCCUACUAUGGAACUUUCCCACCUGGAUUCUCCUGGGAUGCGGGCAGUUCUGCCUACCAGACAGAGGGUACCUGGGACCAGGACGGGAAAGGGCCCAGCAUCUGGAGUGCCUUCACGCAUGCCAGGAAGGGGAAGGUGGUCGGGGAUGACACAGCAGAUACAACCUGUGAUAGCUACUAUAAGGUCCAGGAGGACAUCAACCUACUGAGGGAGCUACAAGUCAGCCACUACCGGUUCUCCCUGUCCUGGCCACGGCUCCUGCCCACCAGCAUCCGAGCUGAGCAGGUGAACGAGAAGGGAGUCAAAUUCUACAGUGACUUCAUCGACAGCCUGCUGAAGAGUAACACCACCCCCACUGUGACCUUGUACCACUGGGAUCUGCCACAGGUGCGAGCCAGGCAGGUUCAGAGGACCUGGGCUCAGUGGGAAGGAACCUGGCAGACUCACUACUUCAGGGACUACACUGACCUGUGCUUUGAGAUCUUUGGGGACCAGGUGAAGCACUGGCUCACGUUCAGCAAUCCUCGGACCCAGGUUCAGGAGGGCCCAACAUUCCUUCAUGCUCAUCCCUGACUCUCCCUACCUGCUGCUGGGCUGAGACUUGCUAAACAUUCAUCCAUGAAUUCCUGCUCUUUUCAGGCACAUGCCCCAGCCUGGCAUUCUCAUAACAGUACAUGGCGCAGCAAACAGCGAGGCCUGAUGGGAAUUUCACUGAACUGUGACUAGGGGGAACCUGUGGACAUUAGCAAUCCCAAGGACAUUGAGGCUGCUGAGAGAUACCUACAGUUCUGCCUCAGCUGGUUUGCCAACCCCAUUUAUACUGGUGACUACCCCCAAGUCAUGAAGGACCAUAUUGGUGAACCAAGUCAUAAGAGUACAGAGCAAGGCCUGGACAUGUCCAGGUUGCCAGUGUUCUCCCUCCAAGAGAAGAGCUACAUUAAAGGCACAUCUGAUUUCCUGGGAUUGGGCCAUUUUACCACUUGCUACGUCACGGAGAGGAAAUACCCUUCCUGCCAGGGGCCCAGCUACCAGAAUGACCGAGACUUGGUAGAGCUUGUUGAUCCUAACUGGACAGAUCUGGGGUCUCUGUGGCUUUAUUCCAUGUCCUGGGGAUUCAGAAGGCUCCUCAACUUUUCCCAGACCCAAUACAGUGAUCCUCCCAUAUAUGUGACAGAAAAUGGAGCAACUCAGAAGCUACACUGUGCUCAACUCUGUGAUGAGUGGAGAAUUCAGUACCUCAGAGGAUACAUCAAUGAAAUGCUAAAAGCUAUAAAAGACGGUGUGAAUAUAAAAGGCUACAAUUCCUGGUCUUUGUUGGAUAAAUUUGAAUGGGAGAAAGGCUAUGCAGAUAGAUACGGGUUUUACUACGUUGAGUUUAACGUAAGGAACAAGCCUCGCUAUCCCAAAGCUUCAAUCCAGUAUUACAGGAAGAUUACCACUGUCAAUGGCUUUCCAAAUCCAUACAAGGUAGAAAGAUGGCACCACAAAUCUUUGGAAACGUGCUCCAUCAACAACCAGAUGCUUGCCACAGAGCUCUUGCUCAGGCACAUAUAUGUGGCUUCGGAGAUCACAGUACCCACAGUCUGCACCCUCUGCAUCUUCAUCAUUGCCCUGCUGCCGAUGCUCCUCCUCCAGAGUCACAACUGAGAAAGGAUCUCAACUCCACCUUCAU